AUGAUGACGAUCAUGUGUAGAGUUAGGGGCUGGCUUUGAAAAACCAGCUACACCUGCCCCUCCUCAACAGGAAUGGAUGAGUUGGAUGGAGAGGAGACGUAAGAAGCUCAUUCAGACACAGAGAGACUCACAAUGCCGAAAGACUAAAACAAAAGGAUACACUCUCAUUUACUUUCUUCUUUAUCUCCCAGUAUUGCCCUGACCAGGAUUUUUUGGAGAUGAAAUAAGUUACUUUGGCUUGGCGGUGCUUUGGUUGUUCAGGACUGCAUCCUACUCUUCUCACACUGGAGAAGUCUACCCUACCUCUGAGGGACCCCUGGCACCACUGAAAGGUGGAGCCAAUCCCCGAUGCCACAGACUCUGGGAGGAUGAAGAUUAGCUUGUAGUGCAUUUUGAUUUCAUUCUCACAACAAACUGUGCAACUAGUGAGGUAUCAGGGCACUGUUUUGUAGUAAAAGGGACAGAAAACAGAGGACAAUGCCAUUUGGUGGCUUAGCAGGUUUUAAGGAACAGGUGUUUAAACCUGGGAAGGAGGAAGUGAAGAACACAGUGGGGGACUCUCUAGGAAAAAUACAAAGGAAAAUUGAUGGAAGCAACGUAGAAGAAGAGGACAACAUCGAACUGACAGAAGAUGGGCGUCCGGUGGCAUCAGCGCCUCGUUCUGCUCCUCUGCUGGACUGCAGCUGUGGUGGUCUGCCCAAGCGCUACAUCAUCGCCAUCCUCAGCGGCCUGGGGUUCUGCAUCUCCUUCGGCAUCCGCUGCAACCUUGGUGUAGCCAUUGUGGAGAUGGUGAACAACAACACUGUCUACAUCAAUGGGACUCCAGUACUUCAGAAAGCUCAGUUUAACUGGGAUCCAGAGACAGUAGGGCUGAUCCAUGGCUCCUUUUUCUGGGGCUAUAUUGUCACUCAAAUCCCUGGUGGUUUCAUCUCUAACAAGCUGUCUGCCAACAGGGUGUUCGGAGCUGCCAUUUUCCUGACAUCAGUGCUGAACAUGUUCAUCCCGUCUGCAGCCAGGGUUCACUACGGCUGCGUCAUGUUUGUCCGCAUCCUUCAGGGCUUAGUGGAGGGUGUCACAUACCCAGCAUGCCAUGGGAUGUGGUCCAAAUGGGCUCCGCCUCUUGAAAGAAGUCGACUUGCUACCACUUCAUUCUGUGGAUCGUAUGCAGGAGCAGUGAUCGCCAUGCCUUUAGCUGGAGUCCUCGUUCAGUAUGUUGGCUGGUCCUCUGUCUUUUAUAUCUAUGGUGUUUUUGGGAUCAUAUGGUAUAUCCUAUGGCUCUUGCUGGCAUAUGGAAGCCCGGCCCAACACCCCACAAUCACAGAUGAGGAAAGGACUUACAUCGAGGCCUCCAUCGGUGAGAGCAUGCACCAGCAGAGCGUCACUGAGAAAUUUAAGACUCCUUGGCGUCGUUUCUUUACCUCCAUGCCCGUCUACGCCAUCAUUGUGGCCAACUUCUGCCGCAGCUGGACUUUCUAUCUGCUCCUCAUUAGUCAGCCGGCGUAUUUUGAAGAAGUCUUUGGCUUCCCCAUCAGCAAGGUGGGGAUACUCUCUGCCGUCCCCCACAUGGUGAUGACGAUUGUGGUCCCUAUCGGAGGACAGCUGGCUGACUAUCUACGCAGCAACAAAAUCAUGUCCACUACAAAUGUGAGGAAACUCAUGAAUUGUGGAGGCUUUGGUAUGGAGGCCACUCUGCUGCUGGUGGUCGGGUUUUCUCACACUCGUGGGAUUGCUAUCUCCUUCCUGGUGCUUGCAGUUGGCUUCAGUGGAUUUGCCAUCUCAGGUUUUAAUGUCAAUCAUCUGGAUAUUGCUCCUCGCUAUGCCAGCAUCCUGAUGGGUAUCUCUAAUGGUGUGGGAACACUGUCUGGGAUGGUGUGUCCUCUGAUUGUUGGCGCCCUGACUAAACACAAGACUCGUCUGGAGUGGCAGAAUGUCUUUGUUAUUGCCUCCAUGGUGCAUUACACUGGGGUCAUCUUCUACGCUAUCUUUGCUUCUGGAGAGCAGCAGGAGUGGGCAAACCCUGAGAGCACAAGCGAGGAUAAAUGUGGCAUUAUUGAUGAGGAUGAGCUGGCUGAAGAGUCUGAGCUCAACAGUGAGAACAUACUGGCUGCCAAAAAGAGUUACGGAACCACAGACAAUUCAUCCGGUCGAAAACAGGGCUGGAAACAGAAACGAGGGGCGACCAUGCAAGAUGACGAGGAACAUUAUGGGAACGGGGACUACCAGGACCGUUACCAGUGAGACGCCCUGUUGGGCUAAGCACUUA